UCCUCAAUGUCGGGAACAAUGACGAGGACACGGAUAUUGCUACAGGUGGCCUGUGCUGCGGUGCUGUUCUCCCACGGGCUGUCUUCAUCAACAACAUUAAGGAAGCGACAAAGAUUCCCAACGUCAAGAAGUGACCUACGAUGCCUGCAAUGUGACCAUGUGUCUGACCCGGCUGAUUGCGAAGUCUACAGCAUAUGUGGCCAUGGCGAGAUUUGCUUCACUCGGGAGAUAAUAGAUCACCAUGACAAGCAGGCCUAUCGGAUGGGAUGCGAAAGCUCUCAGAUCUGUUCCCUGUACAAGAAUGCGGAAACGAUAUUCGGACGCCGCCGCUACGUGUUGUCGGAGGAGGAAGCACGUCUAUGUUUUGAUUGCUGUAGUACCGAUGACUGUAACUCCGCUCUUUGCCCCUUCACUGCUAGUGGAACCACGACCUUCAAGCAAGCUGAUACUACAACAACCAAAAGCAUACAAACAACUGUUGCAGGAAAAACCGCUGCAACGACUACGGAGGCAACAACGACUACAGGCAGUGGAUGUCCCUCUGGAUUCGUGAACUGGAAGAUGUCCUGUUAUUUCUUCAAUUUGACAAACGCAUACUGGGCUGAUGGGAGAAAUUAUUGCAGAAGCAAUGGGGCAGACCUGGCUUCGAUAAACACCCCAGAGGAAGAUACCUUCAUAACCCAGCAGCUUGAAAGCCUUCAAGUGCCUGCAGAGGUCCGAGGGAUGUGGCUUGGUGGCACGUAUGAUGAUGUAAACAACAAGUUCAAGUGGCUGGACGGAAGUGACGUCAUGUACGGCCGCUUUAAGCCAGGUGCUCCCAGAAAACAGAUGGGAGAAUGUCUCUUGUUGAUCAACCCAACUGUUAAUGCCAUCUUUGCUGGUUGGCCUUGGGCUUCAGACAGGGGGUCAGCCUUGAAACGUGGUUUCAUUUGUGAAACGAAGCAAAUUGGUCUGUGAGUCAGGAAAAUUUGACAUCUGUGAGUGUAACAGUGAUAAGAGUUACUGUUCAUUAGUUUUACCUGAUGAUGGGGCCAGAACUGACUCCAAAACAGUGUGUCAAAGAAUAAAAAGAAGAUGAAAUC